AUGCAGACUCCAGGAUCUAUAUCUCCACCAUACGCGCCUACGCCUCGGCUAGCCUACCACCAUGGCGACUCCAGCUUCCGGCCAUACCUGUCGCCACAAUUCUACCUCGGUCUUCCGUCAAAUACGCCGGUCCUAGGCCUGUCGCGUGUGCCUUCUCCGACCGAAACGGUAGUCGAUCGACCGCCGCCUCCUGGGCACAUCCCAACGAAGAACUUCUUCAAUGUCAAGACCUUCUUCGCACGACAACCCGAGCCGAUACCGGUAGAUGCCCGACCACAUAGGGUCAGCCACAUCGCACGACGAGUACAUGGCUGGAGUUGGCAGGCGUUCCCUGUGGGCAUGGGCACAGGCGCAGUAUAUGUGUCUAUCAAUGGGUUGAAACAACAGUCCAGUGCUCAGAGGACUGUCGAGACCGUCUUCUUCUUCCUGAACCUCGUGCUCUUCUGUAUCAAUGUGUCUACGCUAGCCCUGCAGGCUCUUCUGUACCCUCGACAAGCAAAGAGACUGGUGACGGAUCCGGCGAAGAACAUCUACGUUCCUCUAGUCGUCCUCUCGUAUGCGACGCUCCUGAUCGGGGCCAUCAACUACGACCAAGUGCCCGUGGACGUCAGGCCAGAUCUCGCUUAUAUACUCUUCUGGAUUUACGUCGGGCUCGCCGUCGCCGUGAGCUUCCCACUGCUCAUGAUCUGGUUCAACCGUCCGCACGAUAUACGGAACUUCACGCCGGCCUGGAUGUUCCUGGUGUUCCCCAUGAUGCUCGUCGGUGUGGUCGCGUUCAACGUGCUUGAGGUGAUGGACCCGGCAGAGGAACGCACCCUCGGCGUGCUCUUCGUGGGCUACUUCUUCCAAGGCCUUGGGUCGUGUGUUACGAUCCUGUAUAUCGCUAUAUACCUGAUGAGGCUGAUGAUGACCGGGUUCAUGGAGGGCCACCAAGCGAACGGGGCGUUCAUCGCCGUCGGUCCGCCUGGAUUCACGGCUCUGUCGCUCAUCAAACUCGGAGAACAAGCUCGUGACAUCCUUCCACGCCACGGGGUCGUCGCCGACAUCGCAGGCGAGGUUUGGUACUCGGCAUCCGUUCUCGCGGCUUUGAUGAUGUUCGGUCUCGCCGCCUUCCUUGUCGUCUUUGGAGCGCUUCCCUACUGGUUCAAGUUACACCGGCAGCUGAACGAGAUUCUUGGCUGUUGGGCGCUGACUUUCCCGAAUGUCGGCUGGAUCGGCUGCCUCGGCGCAUUGGCAGAUGCGCUCAACGUGCCUGGUCUGCGGACAGUCCAAAUCGUCUUCGUCGUGGUCCUUGCCGCAGUAUGGACUGUGCUUGCGGUACUGACGGUCGUGGCGUUCUGCCGCGGCUUGAUCUUCUACGACAAGGCCGACGAUGUCAUUGCGGACGCUAGCCAUCUGUUCGAAAAGGCUGGGCAUAGAACCCCCAGAUCAGCAUCGGGCCAAAACACGCCAACCAUUCACGUAGUAUGA